GGGGGCCUCCGCCGCCAGCAGAGGGGACGCAGCAUGAUAAAUGUACUGCAACAUGUGGGUGUUAUCGCGGUUGCAUCAUGCAACGUCACACGUUGGUAAAUACAACAAUUUGCACCAUGUGGUGUAGCCUGGCCUCGCUACCCAUAUGACCCGGGCACGGUGAUCAGCCUCUCGGGCUCACCAUAGCCUGUGCUACUUGGAACGUGUUCAGAGUAGCUGGAUCUAUAAUAUCAGCCAGCUUAGUCAGCCUCUAGCUCCCGGGCUCCCAGCCCUCGUUGUCAACCCCUAGCUCCUGUAUAAUAAUAUUGAUAGGGUGGGUGCUGCCAUUGAUGAGGCUUGGUCACCAGAGACCCCUGGAUGUACCAGACUUGUACAGCGUCCAAGAUCAGGACGCCUCCAAGGCUCUAGGUGACAGAAUUCAAAAAAAGUGGGAUGAAGAAUUGGAGCGAAGCAGAGCUAAAGGGAAGAAAGCCAGCUACGUCAGGGCACUAGUUGGGUGCUUCGGGUGGGAGUACGCUCGCGUUGGUAUUUAUGCUGCCUUUGAGGAAUGUGUUCUCAGGAUUGGUCAGCCGCUUUGCCUGGGUGGUCUGAUCCGUUAUUUCGGCGGGGAGGAAGGGUACACAGCACUGGAUGGUUGGCUUUUCUCAACGGGCGUGGUGAUGGGAUCGGUGCUUUAUAUAUUUUCACACCACCCUUUCUUCUUUGGCAUACAACACAGUGGCAUGCAGAUACGGGUAGCAAGCUGUGCCAUGAUAUACAGAAAGGCAUUACGUUUAAGUAAAGCAGCUUUGGGCAAAACUACAGUUGGUCAGAUGGUCAACUUGUUGUCAAAUGAUGUUAACAGAUUUGAUACCAGCGUCAUCUUCAUACACUACCUUUGGAUAGGUCCCCUACAGACGAUGAUAGUGUUGGGUAUCCUUUGGAAGGAGCUUGGACCAUCGUGCUUGGCGGGGAUCAUGCUCCUCAUUCUCUUCGUGCCCCUCCAGAGUUGGAUGGGCAAGGUGUUCUCCAAGCUUCGGUUGGCUACUUCACAUCGCACAGAUGAGCGCGUUCGUAUAAUGAAUGAGGUUAUUAAUGCCAUGAGGGUGAUAAAGAUGUACACGUGGGAGAAGCCUUUUACAACUAUCUUGGAACAAGCAAGGAAAUCUGAAAUUGAUGUGAUCAUGAAGACCAACUACUACCGGGCAGUGAACAUGUCUCUCUUCUUCACUUCGUCUAAAGUGAUUGUGUUUUUGGCUCUCCUCACAUAUGUCCUGACGGGCAAUGUUCUCACAGCAGAGAAGGUAUUUGUGACUAGUUCUCUCAUCAACAAUGUCCGACUUGUGAUGACACUCUUCUUUCCCUUUGGAAUUGCUAUGGGCUCGGAGACUCUGAUAUCCUGCAGGAGGUUACAGGAGUUCCUUGAGAUGGAAGAAAGAGAAGAUAAAAGUUGUGUGCAGAAAAGUAAUCUCAGACCAAAACAGAAGGAUUGUGGAUUAACGGUGACAAGUUUGAAAGCCAAAUGGAGUGAAGCAACAGAAGAGGAUACCUUGAGUAAUGUGUCGUGUUCGGUCAAAUCUGGGGAGCUGCUUGCUAUCAUUGGACCAGUUGGAGCUGGAAAGGGAUCACUUCUUCAAGCAAUUCUUGGAGAGUUGCCUAUUAAAGCUGGGUCAAUUUCCAUCCGAGGAAGAGUGGCAUAUGCAUCUCAAGAGCCGUGGGUGUUUUCGGGAACUGUGCGGCAAAAUAUUCUAUUUGGCCAACCAUAUGAUGUAAAAAGAUACAAUGAAGUAAUUAAAGUAUGUGCAUUAGAAGAGGACCUGGAACUGUUGCCUCAUGGAGACAUGACAGUAGUGGGGGAACGAGGAGCGUCUCUAAGUGGUGGGCAGAAAGCAAGGGUCAAUCUCGCAAGGGCUGUUUAUUAUGAUGCAGACAUAUACCUCCUGGAUGACCCACUCAGUGCAGUGGACUCCCAUGUUGGCCGCCACUUGUUUGACAAGUGUAUCAUGAUGCACCUGAAGCACAAGGCCCGAGUGCUUGUGACGCAUCAGUUGCAGUACCUCCAGCCAGCUUCACAGAUUCUUGUUUUAAGAGGGGGUUGCACAGAAGCCAUUGGAGGCUAUCACCAGCUGCUCAAUAGUGGCAUAGACUUUGCCUCGCUAUUGUCCGAAAGUCGAGAGGAUGAGAGAACUGUAACACCAUCACGAGAAUCCAGCAUAAGAUGUUCAAAGAAAAAUGGGGUCAUCACAAAUGGAGGUCUCGUUCAGGAUGCAGAUAAAAUUGGGUCACCAAUGUCAUUGCAACAGAAGCGACGUCUUGAUUCGGAGUCUAGUGUGACAUCUUUCCAUGAUCAUGUUGAAGUCGAGAAUAUCCUGACAAUCUCUGGGGCAAAUAUUGCUGGAUCAUCUGUCUCUGUGAGUGACACUGGCCUGGCUAUGUCUCAUAAUGCUAAAAAGCAUCACCGGAGUGAGAAGAGACUGAACAACACUGAAGCGGAGAAAUCCCAACCACUGCUGAACGACACCGAUGAUGGUGAAAAAGAUGAACCAGAACAAGUGACAAACGCAGAAUCGAGGUCACAAGGUUCCGUUAAGGGUGCUAUUUACCUUGACUAUUUUCUUGCUGGUGGUGGCUGGAUUCUAUUGAUUAUUCUCUCCAUCUCCAAUGUCCUAACCCAAGUGCUCUUUUCCGGAACCGAUUAUUGGUUGUCAUACUGGGCAAAUGGUGAACAACUUCGUGCUCGUCUUGAACCUGAUUUAAACGCCUCGGUGAUUGUGAACGUAUUUGGAAAUGACACAAGCUUCUCGUACAGUGACCCUGUACCAGACGGUUAUUUGGAUACAGCUACAAAUGUUUAUGUAUAUACCGGUUUGACUGUUGGCCUGUUUUUGCUGUCAUUGGGUCGAACAAUACUCUUCUUCGUCAUGUGCAUGACUUCAUCCAGAACACUACACAACCGCAUGUUCGAGUCUAUUAUUCGUGUUCCCAUCAAGUUUUUUGACACGCAUCCGAUUGGUCAGAUCCUUAACAGAUUCACAAAGGACCUCGGACAGAUAGACGAAAUGCUGCCUAUUACAGUCUUUGAUGUCGUCAUUAUUCUGCUGAACUUCCUUGGUAUCAUUGUGGUGAUAGCUUCUGUCAACAUCUGGAUCAUCCUUCCCACAGUGGUACUUGGCAUUAUAUUUGUAUUCCUUCGCCGUUUCUACCUCAGCACUGCACGUGAUGUGAAGCGUCUGGAAGGCAUCACCCGCAGUCCUGUGUUCUCACACCUGAGUGCUUCUCUACAAGGUCUUACAACCAUCAGAGCAUUCGAAGCCCAGCAGAUAUUUAUGGACGACUUUGAUAAUCAUCAGGACCUACACUCCUCUGCCUGGUUCCUGUUCCUGUGCACUACAAGAUGGUUUGGUAUUUGUCUGGACUGGAUUUCUGGAGUCUACAUUGCUAUAGUCACCUUCAGCUUCAUGGGCAUGUCAAAUGCUCUUGGAGGAGAUAUUGGCUUGGCGAUCUCGUCAGCCAUGAUGCUCUCUGGGAUGUUCCAGUGGGGAGUAAGACAAUCAGCAGAAGUGGAGAACCAAAUGACUUCAGUGGAACGUGUAAUAGAGUACUCAAAUCUGGAACCUGAAGCUUCUCUGGAAACUGAAAAAGAUAAGCUUCCACAUCCUGGCUGGCCUGAACAUGGCAUCAUUACCUUCGAAGACGUCUCUUUACAGUAUAGUGACAAUGAGCCUCCAGUACUUAAGAAUCUAAACUUCUGCAUCAGAGCAAAUGAAAAGAUUGGGAUAGUGGGCAGAACAGGUGCUGGCAAGUCAUCCAUGUUGACCUCGCUCUUCCGUCUGACUGAACCUACAGGCGUUAUUCGUAUUGACAGUAUCUGUAUACAGGAGCUUGGACUGCACGAUGUUCGUGGUAAUAUCUCGAUAAUCCCCCAAGAUCCUACCUUGUUUUCUGGUACCAUGAGAACAAAUUUGGAUCCCUUCGACCAGUAUCAUGAUGAACAGCUUUGGAAAUCACUGGAAGAGGUUCAGCUUAAGGAUGCAAUUUCCGACCUCGAGGGCGGUCUUGAAGCACAAAUGGCGGAAGGUGGCACCAAUCUCAGUGUUGGGCAGCGGCAGCUUGUGUGUCUGGCUCGGGCCAUUCUCAGACACAAUAGGGUUCUUGUUCUCGACGAAGCCACGGCAAAUGUUGAUCCAAGAACUGAUGGAUUAAUUCAACAAACAAUUAGGUCAAAGUUUAAGGACUGCACAGUACUCACCAUUGCUCAUCGCUUGCAUACAAUAAUGGACAGUGAUCGUGUAAUGGUGCUUAAAGCUGGUAGCAUUGUGGAAUUUGAAGAGCCACACAUCCUAUUACAAAACGAGAGUUCUGCGUUGGCGACGUUGGUUCAGCAGACGGGUAAAGCUGGUGCGGAGCAGUUACAUCAAAUUGCAGCAAAGGCAUAUUUUGAACGACACAAGAAUGACAUGCCAGCCGAUGUGAAACUUGAAGAGGAUGAUGUAGGUGGUCACACGUUAUCACUUGAUGACAUUGAUUUGAGAACUGAUUACAGUGAUGAAAAUCGAUCAAAAAAUAUGAAAAAAGACAGCUGAAAAAGGCUUUGACAUUGGUUAAAAUUGUGAACAGGAAAAUAAGAUUAAUGAUAAAACGGUAGUGUGAAGUUAGCAAAGUGCUGAACUGGAACUAAAUGUCUUGUAGGGUACAUUUUGUCGGCAACAUACUACCCUACCUAAAUGACUGGAAUGUAAAGCAUUCACUCUAGUGUGUAUCAUAGAGAGCUUCCAUUUUAUUUUGGUUUUAAUCGAUUAAUCUUUAGAUUUGGUUUUUAUAUCAAAUUCAUAAAGCUCUUGCAAUGCCUUAAUGUGCUUAAUCCCAGUCAAGCAUGACUGGCACAGUUCGUUAAAUUACCUGAACAGUUUACCACUUAUGGGUCGUACUACCUACAGGUAUUGGGUUAUGGCUGAUCCUCGACUACUAUUUACACACCAGGAUUACGUCGUGAUUUUUUUUUUAUAUAUAUACGUAUAUAAAUAAUUUUUGUCACUGUGAAAAGGGACCAAUUAUUUGUAGUUUGUGAUGCAUCUUGCCUGGUUUAUUUACUACAUAUUAUAAUAAAUAUACAAUCUAGGUGAAAUGGAAUUAAACACCUGAAUUUGUAUAGUUGAGCCAAAGGAGAAAUGUGAUAAUUCAUUGUCUACCGCUGCAAAAAGUUUGGCUCGGAUAUUGACGUGGAAAAACAUGAAGUGCAGUGUACUGUAGUUCAUUUGACGAAACAGUAACAAAGAAUUUUAAUUUAAAUGAUCAUUAAUAAAUUUAUUGUUUUUA